UUGCACGUGCGCCACAAACCAUAGAGCAAGAGCACAAACAGUCAGACUCCUUCGAAAACUUUCUUGAUAAGCUGAUGAAAGCAGCCCCUGGAUGUGCAAGCAGGGAUGGCCAUGUGCACCCCAUGGACCUGCAGAUGGCCAUCUUCCAUUGUGCUGAUGACUUCCUGAGACAGACCCUUGCAACCAAGCUGGCCUUCUGCCAACUGGCAGUGCCUCUGCUGCUGCCCAACCCGAGCACUUCACGCAUUGAGUUCCUGCUCUAUGCCCUCAGCCAAAUCCAAAGGAGCUGGAAAGAGGUGGAGAAGUCAGGAGAGCAGGCCCAAAUAAAGAGUUACAGCAACAAACUCAUCUUUCAGGCACAGACACCCAUCGUGUCCUUCAUCCGCAUUGGCAGCUCAGCCUCCUCUUCCAAGUCCCAGCUCCUGAACGCUCUGCUGAGCAAACGCAAACACGACACUUUCUUCCACCGCAACUGCAGAGGCAGCACCAGAGAGCGUUUGCUGAUGGAAGGGAUGGUGGAGAUUGCCUGGUACUGCCCCGGUGGAAGCCCUGAUGACACCUUUGAGCGCUGCGUGGCUUUCUGUAACCUGCAUGGAGAUGCCAGGGAUCAUGGAGCACAGCUGCUGUUCCUGCAGGAGAUAUCUGCUGUGAAUGUGGCUCUUGUGUCCGAUUGGGAGCACAUGGACAGCAGGGGGAAAAAGAUUCUGCAGGACCUGUGGCAGUCACAAAGCCCAUUGGUUUGUCUUCUUACGGAACAAGAGAAUGUUGAAGCUGGAGAAGCCAGCAAAAAUAUAACAAUAGGGAUCAAGAACAGAAAUGAAGCAGAACUGAUGGACCAGCUGACCAAGACAAUUGGGGAUCUCCUGGAAGAGUCUAAUGCAUGUUUCAGCCUGGAGGCCUGCGUGGACAUAUGGUCUGAAAUCCUGAUGAGAAAGAAAAGCAAAAAAGAAGCCAGUGGCAAUGAUGUGUUGCUGAGUCACCUGGAUGCCCUCUCUGAUGAAAUCAAUGAUUCAUCCAUUGGCCUGGAGCACCUUCUGAGAGAGGGAACGAGAUUGGAAAAUAAAAUUCGGAAUGGUGACUUGCAGAAAGUCACCAGAGAACACCUUGAAGGGCUGGUGCAAGAGACAAGUGAUGCCAUUGAGAAAGAAGUGGAAAAGUAUUUCAGUGAAGACAAAGACCGUGAGACACUGGUCCAGUGGAAAUCAGGCACGGAGAUGAAGCUGAAAGAACUAAAGGAGACUCUUCUUGAUGAAAUCAAAAAGAAAUGUGAAAAUCUUAUUGAGCUACAGAAGGAGCAGAAGAAACUGGAUGCAAGGAAGUUGCAAUAUGAAGAUGAGCUCCUGAGAAGGAGUCGGGAGCUGGCUGUGAGUCUGAAGGGGAAGAGCCUCAGCGAGAGAGAACUGAAGGACAACUUUACUCUUGUCUGGAACAAGUGGAUUGCUGAAGUCUCCCGUGAUGCUUGUCUUCGGGAACGGGUGGAUAUCGAUGCAGAAAUCGAAGAUGUCCUUGUAGAGCACUUUAAGGAGCCGGGUAUCCAUGAACGCAUCAGGUCAUAUGCCAAAAGCAGAGGAUUUUCCUUUGAUCCAGAGAAACACAUCAUGAAGAAAAAGUAUUUUGGCUAUUUCUCAGAUCCUAGAAGGGUUUCCAAUGCUGAUGUGAUCAAGUUUCAGCACAUCACAGACAACAUCAUAGAGCGUGUGAUGGCAAACAUUUCUAAGAAGGAAGAGGAGAAACCCAUGGCUUCGCAGGAGGACACACAGGAGGGGGAUGCAAAGGCACAGCUCAUCGCAGAGGCACUCCAGAAGGCAGGACUGGAUGCUGGAUCCUGGCUGCCCAAAAUUAUGCAGACCCUGGGAAUCAAGUGCAGAGAAGCACUGCAACAUCUGGAAUAUAAAGACUACCUCAGGUUGGAGUGUGUGCUACGGCACCCCUGGGAGAAAAAGGCACUCCAGAAACUCCUGAAAAUAACAGAUGGCAAAAUGAGCACUAAAGGGGUGCAGAAGGAGCACUUGAAGAAGACAAAGCAGAAACAAGAAGAGGCCAAACAAGCCCUGAAGGAUCUGACAGAAAUGCUCAAGAGCCGCAGUCAAGAGCUGUCCCCUGAGCUGAAGAGGGAGCGUUUAGUUUUCAUGGAAGAUCACAUGAAAGGCUUGUGGUCCACACAAAUAAAGAAUCUCCUCCAAAAGCAGAGUAGAGACAAAGACUGGGAGAGGCUGGAACGGGACUUGGACUCCUUGAUCAGUGGGUGCUUGGAUGAUAAAUGGGAUGAACAGAGGAUGCAGAACAUACUCAGCGACCUGGAAGACACUUUCCUAACACCUGAGGCCCCCAGUCAGUCCCAGUCCAAGUCAGACAGCAGAGAAUCCAAAGUAAAUGAAGCCAUGGCAAACCAGGAGUUCCUCCAGUUGCUCAAGCGCCUUGGACUGGAAAGUCACUAUCCAAGGAAAAUGGGGAUGGGAGAUUUCCGCACCAUUUGCAAGGUAUCCCUGCAGGACAGCCAGCCCACCCAGGACACAGAACUGCUAUUUUACUUCUUGCAAAAGCUGUUAACUGUGGAUUACCGGGUGAGGUGCCUGACUUGCUGGGAAAGGAGCAACCCAAAACUUGCAGCCCUGCCAAAAAUCAGAGAGCAAGAGCACAAAAAAUCAGACUCCUUUGAAAACUUUCUUGAUAAGCUGAUGGAAGCCUCCCCUGAACGUGCAAGCAGGGACGGCCAUGUGCACCCCAUGGACCUGCAGAUGGCCAUCUUCCAUUGUGCUGAUGACUUCCUGAGACAGUCCCUUGCAACCAAGCUGGCAUUCUGCCAACUGGCGCUGCCUCUGCUGCUGCCCAACCCGAGCACUUCACACAUCGAGUUCCCGCUCUACACCCUCAGCCAAAUCCAAAGGAGCUGGAAAGAGGCAAAGAAGUCAGGGAAGCAGGCUCGCACAAAGAGUUACAACAACAAACUCAUCUUUCAGGCACAGACACCCAUCGUGUCCUUCAUCCGCAUUGGCUUCACAGAAAAAGAGAACGUUGCAGCCGGACAAGUCAGCAAAACCAUAACAAUAGGGAUCAAAAAUAGAAACGAAGCUGAACUGGUGGAACAACUGACCAAGACAAUUGGGGAUCUCCUGGAAGGGUCUAAUCCAUCAAUAAGCUGUAAGAAAGAAAAUUUUGUCAAACUGCCAGAAAUUGCAGCAGAUUUGAUGGAUUUAGGAUAUCCUGUAGAGCUGAUGGAUGGGGACGCUUCUUACCUGCCCUUGUGCUGGGUGGGAGCAAUCUUUGACAGCUUAAUUGAGAGGCUGGGGGACAAACGAGUGUUUGUGCUCUCCGUGCUCGGCAUCCAGAGCACAGGCAAGUCCACCCUGCUGAAUGCCAUGUUUGGCCUGCAGUUCAACGUCAGCGCAGGGAGAUGCACCCGCGGAGCCUUCAUGCAGCUCAUCCCAGUGGGCGAGGAGCUGCAGCAAGACUUGGGCUUUGAUUUUGUGCUGGUGGUUGACACAGAGGGACUCCGUGCCAUUGAGAUGGCCAAUAAACAGUCCCUGAACCAUGACAAAGAACUGGCCACCUUUGUCAUUGGUGUUGGCAACGUCACUGUGAUCAAUAUCUUUGGAGAAAAUCCAUCAGAAAUGCAAGAUGUUCUCCAGAUCGCUGUGCAGGCUUUCCUGAGGAUGAAGAAAGUCAAUCUUUCCCCAAGCUGCAUCUUUGUCCACCAAAACGUGGGAGAAGCAACUGCUAAGGAGCAGAACAUGGAAGGACAAAGGCGUUUUCAGGCAAAGCUGGAUGAAAUGACUGUGGUAGCUGCUCAGCAGGAAUUCUGUGACAUCUCCUCCUUCAGCGAUGUCAUUGCCUUUGAUGUGAACACCCACAUUCACUACUUUGCUCACCUGUGGGAAGGAAACCCCCCAAUGGCACCACCCAACCCUACCUACAGCCAGAAUGUCCAGCAACUCAAGAACAAAAUCCUCCAGGCUGCCAAGAAUCAGUCCCAGCGCAGCAUUUUGAGGUUCUCCAGUCUGAAAGAUCGUAUUGGUGACCUCUGGAAUGCUUUGCUGAAUGAAAACUUUGUUUUCAGCUUCAAAAAUUCCCUGGAGAUUGCUGUGUACAGGAAACUGGAAAGUACCUUUAGUCAGUGGACAUGGAGGCUGAGGAGUCACAUCUUAGACGUACAAAUGAGACUGGAUAACAAAAUUCGGAAUGGGGACAGGCGCAAUGUCACCAGAGAACAUCUUGAAGGGCUGGUGCAAGAGACAAGUGAUGCCAUUGAGAAAGAAGUGGAAAAGUAUUUCAGGGAAGACAAAGACCGUGAGACACUGGUCCAGUGGAAAAGAAGCACAGAGCUGAAGCUGAAAGAAUUAAAAGAGACUCUUCUUGAUGAAACCAAAAAGAAAUGUGAGAAUCUUAUUGAGCUACAGAAAGAGCAGAGGAAACUGGAUGCAAGGAAGUUGCAAUAUGAAGAUGAGCUCCUGAGAAAGAGUCGGGAGCUGGCUGUGAGUCUGAAGGGGAAGAGCCUCACUGAGAGAGAAUUGAAGGACAACUUUACUCUUGUCUGGAACCAGUGGAUCGCCGAAGUCUUCCGUGAUGCUCGUCCUUUGGAACGGGUGGAUAUUGAUGUAGAAAUUGAAGAUGUCCUUCUUGAGCACUUUAAGGAGCCGGGCAUCCAUGCACGGAUCAUGUCAUUUCCCAAGGACAAAUUAUUUUAUUUGGAUCCAGAGAAACACAUCAUGAAGAAAAGUUCUUUUAGCUUUUUCCCAGGUUUCUGGAACCUUUCCAAUGCUGAUGUGAUCAACUUUCAGCACAUCACAAACAACAUCAUAGAGCGUGUGAUGGCAAACAUUUCUAAGAAGGAAGAGGAGAAACGGGAUUACAGUCGAAAUUUUAUUCAUGAAAUACUCAAUGAAGUACAGAAAGGUGUGAACUCUGUCCCCAGUAAUGGAAAAUGUACAUUUAACAGGGAGUACAGCAUAGAUUUGUCUCUGUACCUGUGCAAAAUAGCAGCGGAGAGGUUUAAAGCCAUGCACGAGGCAUUCCAAAAGGCAAAUGACCCAGUUGUGUACCUGAGCAGCAAGAGAGAAGAUUUCUUCCAGUGUUUCCAGAUUUCCUGCCAAGGAGCCACUUCUGGCACAACUUUUGCUGUUUUCCUUUGUGACAAGAUUGAACCAGCUCUUCGCCAGGCAGUCUCUUUGAGGACGGCUAAGGACAUUGCUGAGGACAUGCAAGGACAAUUCCCAGAUUUCCAGGGCAGCAGAUCCAAUCUGGAAGUUUGCAUCCUGAAAUACCUGGCAGAAGAGGAAAAUUUUGAGUAUUUCAAGCAGUUCCUUACAUCUCCAAAACGCUUUUGUCAGAGUUAUAUUGAGACACGAGUUAGGAAUCACUGUUUAGAUGGGAGUAGGAGGCUGAAGAUGUUUUUAGAUUCCUCCCUUGAUCAUCUCUAUCGAAACAUUCUCUCAGCUGUUUCUUUAUCAACCCAAAUAGUCAAAGACAGAAAAGACAGGGAAGACAAAAUCUCUCUUUGGCUGGAUGAAUUUUGCAGGCAACUGUCAGAGGUGAUCAACUUGCCCAGAAGUGACCUGAAGGGCAUCGAGCACCAGGAGGUCACAGACAUUGAGUUCCUGAGCAGUGCCAUGACAGAAGCUCUGGCUGCCCUGCGGGAAAGGCUCAUGAAAGAAUUGGCUGAUGCUGACCUGAGCUCGUUUUCAAGGCAGCCUCACACCAUCCUGGCAGAGCAUUUUUCAGGGUGCUGGGAGCAGUGUCCCUUUUGUGGGGCUGUCUGCACAAACACCAUGUGGAAUCAUGAUGGAGACCAUCAGCUGGUCUUCCAUCGCCCACAAGCUUUGAUGGGAGGCAAGUGGCAUGGGACAGACCACCUGGUCAUUGAUAUUUGUUCCAGCCUUGUUGCAAGUGACUGCUCAUUCAGAGUUCGUGACGAUGAAUGGAUCCCAUACAAGAGAUACCGGGAUGCAGGACCCCCUUAUUCCACUUGGAAUAUUCUUCCUGAUUCAUCCAUGCAGGCGUACUGGAAAUGGUUUGUGUCUCAUUUCAGGACACAGCUGGAAGCUCUGUACAAUCGGAAAUUCCAGGGUAGAGGAGAAAUCCCUGAGGCGUGGCAGAGAAUUACCAAGGAGGAAGCACUGGCUGAGCUGGAGAAGCGUUAA